GAAAAAUAAAAUAUUCUACAAUAUUAUUAACAGCAGCAGCAGCAACAACAACAACAGCAACCUAAAAGCAUAUCGAUAAAAGUGUAAAAAAUAUAUAGAAAAAAAGAAUAAAGCAGAGAAAAAAUACAGCAACAUUGCUACACACAUAUACAACAAAUACACACUCAUAUAUACACACAUACAGACAGACAUACAAACAUACAUACAUAUUUAAAAUAUAUAACAACCAACAAACAGUCAUACAUUAAUAGAUAUAACAGAAACUAACCCAGCAAACAAUUUAACUAAAGAAACAAGUAACCCAGCCAACCUUUACGCGCACAUAUUCAUAUGUUCUUUCGUUCGUUCAAACGUUCGUAUGUUUGUAUGUAUUGAGAAAUUGUACUACUACUACCGUUACUAAUACUAUUGCAACUACAAUUACUACUACACAUACACACUCUCACUCUUCCUCUCUCUCUCACUCUCUCUCUAUCACUAUCUCUCUCUCGGUAUCAGCAUACAAAAGCUAAACUGCCUUCAAAAAAUGUGUCUCAAAUGUCGUUGACACUUAUCAUUAUAAAAUUAUCUAAAAUUACCAUAAAUUAUAAAAUUCAAAAAUAGUUCAGCAACAACAACUAACGAUAACAACAACAGCAGCAGCAAAAACACCAACAACAACAACAUCCACAAGUAGAAAAUUACCUCAAAGGAUUUUUUUUGUAGUUCGAAUCCUUUGAAACAAAAGCAGUGCAGCAGCAAACUGACAGAAAAAAACAUUAACCAUAAAAAUAUCUAAAGAAAUAGUUUACGAUGCCGUACGAAACAAUGCACCAUUCACAGCAACACCAUCAUCAAACAUCCACAGCUAACGGUAUGUUCGACUCCUUAAGUUUACAGUUACGCGAUGCUGAAACGCGUCGUUCCGAAAUCGAACGAGCACAUCAAGAAACCUUGGCACAAAUUCGUAAUCUUAGCAGUUCUGGCGGUCGUCAAGAUAUAGAAGCCAUUGAAAAUUUACAAUCUCGUGCCAGAGAACUAGAGAAAAAGGCUGCAUUGGAAAAUGUUCACUGCGAAGAAUUACAAAUUGAAUUAUCUGCUGCCAUGAAAACGAAAUCAUCUCGUUCGAGCGGCGUAACAAAUAUGGGCCAGAAUGUUGUUUCGAGUGCCACCGCUACAUCGGGUACCAGCACAUCAGUUACCUGGGCACCUACAAUAGGCCAUCAUGGCCAUCAUGAUGAUCAGGGUUCGGAAAUUGAUAUCAUAAUGGCCAAAAUAGAACAGGCACGUUUAUCUCUAGCUAAUGAUAAUCGUGUUUUGGCCGAAUUAGAAAAUCCUAGAACAUCAGCUGGUCACUCAUCCAUGCCCACAAGUUCCAUAUUGAAUACAACAAAUAGCGAAUUUAAAACCAUAUCAAAAACAGAACUUGAAGAAGAACUGAAUCGUUAUAAGCGCGCCGUGCUUGGUGGCAGUAGUGGGAUGUCGGGUGCAGUGGGCAGUAGUGCCUACACCGGUUACUCGUCCGCUUUAACCUCCACUCUACCCAAUGGUGGCGGAGGUGUUAGUGGUACCGGUACUACCGGUGUGGUUUCAAGUCAUUCGGGUACCACGUCAUCCGGACAUGGUCCCGGUUUAACAUCCAUAUCGGCCUUGGUGCCAAAUUCAAUCGGUGGCAUUUCCUCAAGUCUCAGUAGUCAUGCUAUAACGGCUGCCUCAGCAUACGGAGCGGCCGGAAGUGGUGCUGGCACAUCGGCCGUUGAUAAGCUGUUGAGUGGAACAAGUGGAAUCACUGGCAUUCCACCAUUGCCGGUAAAUAUUCAUACGAUGAAGUCUAUGCCAUCAGCAUUAAGUCAGCGUGGCACAAUACAACUAUACAAUUUACAGAGCACAACUAUGCCUAUACUCUCGCUGAACUCGCAUAAUAUACCAACGGGCACCAGCAGCUAUUCGGCACUCGGUUUAAGUGGCACGGGCGCCGGUACUGGCGUACCUCCAUUGGGUGCUUCGCUGACCCAUCCCACCUUAGGCCUGGACACCGGCACACUGUUGGGUACAACGGGCUUAUCUGGUCUGGGUACCGGUUUGGCUGGUACUGCCUCACUUUACGGUUUGGGUUCCGGUGUUGGUGGCAUUGGCGCUGGUUUGCCAAGCACCUUUGGUCCUCCUCCUCCCUCAUAUCUGGAUAUCGGUUCAACCUCCUCCUAUCCUUUCACCUCGGCCGCCAUACGUAAUGCCACGAAAAUGAAAAUGCUGGAUGAGAUCGAUAUACCGUUGGCGCGCUAUGGCAAUCGCAGUUCACCUUGCUCACCGAUUCCACCCAGUACUUGGGGUCUUGAUGAAUUUCCCGAUAGCAUGAGCGCCUCAAUGAUGCAUAGUCGUGGCGGUUUAGCUUUAGGACCUAUGGACAUGGAAUCUCGCAAUCACAAUUUAAAUGGCGUCAGCGAACCACAGGUUGAUAUGUUGGACAUACCAGGCAAGGGACGUUGUUGCGUAUUCAUAGCCCGUUUUCCUUAUGAUCCACCAGAAGAUGCUGAAGGAGAAUUAUCAUUGUGUGCGGGUGAUUAUCUAUUAGUAUGGACCAGUGGUGAACCACAAGGCGGUUAUUUAGAUGCCGAAUUACUAGAUGGUAGACGUGGCCUGGUGCCAGCUUCAUUUGUACAGCGUUUAAUAGGUGAUGAUCUUCUGGAAUUUCAUCAAGCCGUCUUAUCCACUUUGCGUGAUGCCGAAGAUGGUUCUAUGCAAUGUGAUUCAACAUCAUUGCCCUCAUUGCCACCGCACAAUCCAUUGCUCACCCAUACCCAAGAGGAUUUAGCUAGAUUAAGUGAAACUCAUACUGAUCUGGAACACGAUCAAGAUGAUAUUAGUGAUAAUGUUCCAGCUCCAAAGCAUUUGACAUUGGAAAGACAACUGAAUAAGAGUGUUUUAAUCGGUUGGUCACCACCUGAACCCCUGGGCUAUAAUUUGAUUGAUAGUUAUCAUGUCUAUGUCGACGGAGUGCUCAAAGUUACUGUUAAAGCAAAUGAACGCACACGUGCUCUUAUCGAGGGUGUGGACUCUAAUAGACCUCAUCGCAUUAGUGUACGUAGUGUUGCACAAAAUCGCCAACAAUCUCGAGAUGCUGCUUGUACCAUGAUCAUUGGUCGUGACACUUCACACUUGGGUCCAUCGUCUGUGCGGGCUACGCAUAUAACGUGUUCAUCGGCUGUCAUCACAUGGCUGCCAGCCAAUUCCAAUCAUCAGCAUGUAGUUUGUGUAAAUAAUGUCGAAGUACGCACCGUUAAGCCGGGUGUCUAUCGCCACACAAUAACCGGUUUGGCACCCAGUACUCAAUAUCGAGUAACUGUACGAGCCAAACAUUUGCGGGCACCCGGUGGCCAUCAGCCACCGGGCCGUCCUCAAGAGGAGGCGCCCGGAGCAUAUGCUGAUUUCCGUACCCUCACAAAAGGGUUGCCUGAUCCUCCACAGGAUAUACAACUUGAGGCUGGUCCUCAGGAUGGUACCAUUCUAGUGACAUGGCAGCCAGUUAAUAGGCCCACCUCAUCGGGGCCUGUAACCGGCUAUUCUGUGUACGCUGAUGGUAAAAAGGUAACCGAUAUCAAUUCACCUACGGGAGAUCAUGCGCUCAUCGAUAUUGGUAAAUUGGGUACAUUUAAUCCCAGAGCCGUAACUAUACGUACUAAAUCCCGUGAAGCACAAUCGGCCGAUAGUGCACCCAUAUUAAUACCAAAUUCUGUUCGUAGUGCUGUAGGUAGAAGGGGACCAAAUCAAAUGGGUAUGGGCAUGGGUCAACACUUACCCCAGGGGCCUCACGGUCCCAUGGGCAUGCAACAGCAACAACAUAUGAUGGGUCAUCAGGAUCCCAAUCAAUAUGAUCCCAAUCAAAUGCAACAGCAGCAACAGCCGGGCAUGCAACAACAACCCGGCAUGCAGCAGCAACAGCAACCCGGUCAACAACAGGGCCAACAGGCCGAGGGAAGUACCGGUGUAUUAGGAGGCCUAUUCGGGGGCCUCUUUUCAAAACAAACACCACAAACUCAGACUCAAACUCAAACUCAAGCGAAUCAAAAUAUUAACGGUUACCCACCGGGCCAACAGCAGCAACGUAUGAUGCGGCCGCCAGGUGUUCAGGGUAUGCAGCAGCAGCAACAACCGUAUGGACCUCAAGGCCCCAUGGGUCCACAGCAGCGUUUCCCCGGCCAAAGAGGUCCUGCCCCUCCGGGUCAAAUGCAACCGGGUGGACCCAUGCAACAAGGUAUGAUGCCCGGUCAAACGCAACCCGGCAUGCAACCUGGUGGCAUGCAAGGUCAAAUGCAAGGUGCUAUGGGCCUUAGAGGUCCAAUGUCUCAACAGCAGCAAAUGCAGCAGCAGCAGCAACAACAACAACAACAAAUGCAACAAGGCCAAAUGAUGCCCGGCCAACAAGGUCUAACACCACAACAGCAGCAGCAACAACAACAACAGCAGCAGCAACAGCAACAAAUGGCAGCGGCCGCCCAGAAAAAGCCCCGCUACUUUGUUGCCAUGUUCGACUAUGAUCCCAGCACAAUGAGUCCAAAUCCAGAUGGAUGCGACGAAGAACUGCCAUUCCAAGAGGGUGAUACUAUUAAGGUCUAUGGUGAUAAGGAUGCCGAUGGUUUUUAUUGGGGUGAAUUGCGUGGUCGUCGUGGCUAUGUACCUCACAAUAUGGUUACAGAGGUUGAUGAUGGCACUGGUCAAAUGGGCCAAAUGGGUGGCCAGAUGCCUCAACAACCCGGCGGUGGUACGGGCCAAGUAAUGCCCGGCCAAGUGGGCACUCAACAGAGUAUGCGAAAUGUUAGUCGUGAUCGUUGGGGUGAUAUUUAUGCAAAUAUGCCAGUUAAGCGCAUGAUCGCCCUCUACGAUUAUGAUCCACAAGAACUAAGCCCCAAUGUUGAUGCCGAACGUAAAGCGGCCAGUAGCGGUGGUCGUGGUGGUCUCUUUGGGGGAAUAUUUAGUAAUUUAUUGCCCACUUUUACUCAAGACACAACCACUUCACGUUGGCAAGUGGAGUUGAGUUUUAAAACGGGUGAAAUCAUACUUGUGUAUGGUGAUAUGGAUGAAGAUGGUUUCUAUAUGGGUGAAUUGGAUGGCGUGAGAGGUUUAGUACCUUCUAAUUUCUUAGCCGAAGCGCCCGAUACAUAUAGCAAUCAAAUGAUGCCUGGUGGUGGCCCUGCAGGACGCGGUGGCUUGGCCAGUCAAAGGGGCAGAGGUCAAGGGCCGGGUGCUAGAGGACCGCCACCACCUCCUCGAGAUAAUAUGAUGCCUGGUAUGGCAGGACCUCGUGGUCCCCAAGGAAAAAAUGCUCGCCCUGCUUCCCCUACACUGUUAGACAACACGGGCCACCCUGCCCCCGAUCACCAAACGCAGGGGAUGAUCGGUCGCGGUGGUAAUGUUGCUGGCAUGCAGCAGCAACAACAACCUUAUGGUCAGCAACAAACGCAAAUGGGACAACAACAACAGCAGCAGCAACAGUUACAGCAACAACAGCAACAGAUGGGUGGCAUGGGGCCAAUGGGCCAGAUGGGUCAGCAGGGUAUGAUGGGUCAACAGCAGCCAAUGGGUCAACAGGGACAACAGCAAAUGGGUCAGAUGGGUCAAAUGGGCAUGAUGGGCCAGCAGCAACAGCAGCCUGGUCAACAGAUGGGACAAAUGGGUAUGAUGGGUCAGCCGCAACAACAGCCACAACAACAACAGCAACAACCUCCUCCCGUAUCGCAACCCUCAGGCGGUUUAUUAUCCGGUGCAACUAGUUUGCUCUCGGGUGCUACUUCGGCUGCCACCGGUGGUCUAUUUGGAUCUAAACAACCACCAAAACAAGAUCCAAUGCAACCACAAGGUGGUGCGCAGCCAACGCAGCAAACAUCAACCGGCCUGGGAGGAUUAUUUGGCGGCGGCCAACAGCAGCAGCAACAACAACAACAGCAGCAGCAGCAACAACAGCAACCCCAACAACAACAGCAGCAACAACAACAACAACCACAAGUGCCACCUCAAGGUCAACAGCCACCACCACAAAGCCAAGGGCCCGGUGCUGGUCUGCUGGGCGGUCUCAAAGGUAUCGCCGCAGCAGCGCCGGGUGGUGAUGUGCUGUCGAAAGGUAAGGAUCUCUUUGGCAAAUUCGGAUUCGGUUUUGGCAAAUAACCCCGGUCAUAUUAUAGGUCGUUUUUAUAUAUAUUAUAUUAAUAAUAAUUAUUAUAUAUUAAUAAAUUACUUAAUAAUUAAUUAAAUCAGAAAAAUAAUACAUAAUACAUAUUGAAAAUAAUUAAUAAUAAAAAAGUAAACAAUAUAAUACCAAAGUCAAGAAAAGGUUUAACUUUCGAUGAUUUCUUUAGGAAUGUUAAGCUCCAUUCCAAUUUUUCCCCAUAUAUUUUAUAUUUUUAAAUAAAAUUCUAUCAACUUCAACAGAAAUCGUUAAAUUUUCAAUUUACAACUUUCUAUAGAUUUUCAAGAAUUAGAAUUCCGAUAUUAUUAAAAUCCAAAGUUUGUUAUAAAUAUUUUAAAUAGUUUAUCAAAAACUCUACUCAAAAGUUAUAAUUUUGAAUAUUUUUUUAGAAAUAAAAAAUUUAUUAAAAAUUUAUUGAAAAUUUGCUCUAGAAGUAGAGAAUUUAUUGAAAAAACUUUUUAUAAAUUGAGAAUUUUGUAGUAUUUCUCAGUGAAUAAAAAACAUUUUAUAAAUGCUUCGUAAAUCUGUCUUCAAAUUGUAAGAACUAUAGAUUAUAGAUUAGACUAGACUAUAGACUAGACUAUAGACUAGACUAUAGACUAGACUAUAGACUAGACUAUAGACUA